AUGUCGAAGAUGGGAGCAAUCAAGUCGGACACCGACGUGGACACCGUCACUGUUCUCCAUCGCCGUGGGCCGAUCCAGAAGAAGCUGCACACACCAGCCGAAUUAAGUGACGCUCAGCGACGCGGCGUGCCCAUUGAAACAUCAAAAAAAGCAACGGCCGGCGCUAAUAAGCAGCAUCAGGCGAUCAAAAAUCCAGCAAGAUUGGAUGAAGAGACUGAAGAACUACAUCAUGAGCGUGUUUCGCUGACACUUGGUAAAGUGAUGCAGCAGGCCCGACAGGCCAAGGAGUGGACCCAAAAGGAGCUGGCCACGCGUAUCAAUGAGAAGCCACAAGUGGUCGCUGAAUAUGAAAAUGGCAAAGCCGUCCCGAACCAGCAGAUUUUGGCCAAAAUGGAGCGCGCGCUUGGUGUGAAGCUUCGUGGUAAAGAUAUGGGCCAGCCCCUAGCGGUCAAUGCUGCAGGGGGCGCGAAAAAAAAGAAGUGA